AUGUCGAUUCUAGUCAUAUGUAUAGUUGAAAAUCUGAUUGAUCAGCUUUACUCGCCCAAGAUAUAUCGCAGCACCAUCUUCACCACAGCAAUCCCGAGAACCAUGAAAUAUCUUAAUCAACAAGAAGCCAUAAAUGUGGAUCAAGAACUAUUCAAUGAGUAUCGGUUCAGUGUGGAUCAAUUGAUGGAAUUGGCUGGCUUAAGUUGUUCACAUGCCAUUGCAAAAUGUUAUGCUACACCGCAGUACACUCGUGUCUUGGUGUGUUGUGGUCCCGGCAAUAAUGGUGGUGAUGGUUUGGUAUGUGCUCGCCAUCUCUCAUUAAUGGGCUAUAAGCCGAGUGUCUAUUAUCCCAAACCCACACCAAAUCCUUUGUAUGAAAAUUUAACACAUCAAUGUAAAGCCAUGAAUAUUGAAUUUGUCGAUGCCACACCAAAUCCGGAAAAUAUUACUAACAACUAUGAUCUCAUUGUGGAUGCUUUGUUUGGUUUUAGUUUUAAACCACCAGUCAGGGAAACUUUUGUACCGAUUAUAAACAUUUUGCAGACGACUAAGUUACCAAUAGCAAGCAUUGACAUACCCAGUGGUUGGCAUGUGGAAAAUGGUAAAAAUGAUGAGUGUGAUUUUGAACCUAGUCUAUUGAUAUCGCUAACCGCACCCAAGUUAUGUGCCAAGUUUUACAAGGGUCCUCAUCAUUAUUUGGGCGGUAGAUUUGUACCACCCGGCCUUAAAGAAAAAUAUCAAUUAGAUUUACCCGACUAUCCUGGUACCGAGACUUGUGUUAAAUUAUCGUAA